AUGGAUAUUGAUUCAAUGAAUAAUUCAGUCAAUGUGAGUGAGGAAGUUGAAAAACAAGACAACAAUGUUGAAUUUAAUGAGAGUGGUGAAGUUGAAGAACCGAAGAAGGGGAUGUAUUUUAUCUCAAAGCAAGAAGUGUACACAUUUUAUGCAAAAUAUGCGAAACAACUUGGAUUUGCUAUAGCUUAUAGAACACAAAAUGUAACAAGGGAUGGGGAAGUAAAGUACUUUGGAAUUGAAUGUACUCGGGCGCGGAAUAGAACAAAAAGAUCGGAAGUAAAUCCCCUCGAACCAUCUUUGUCGUCAAAAAUAGAUUGUAAAGCAAGGGUUAGAGCCACUCUACAAAAAGAUGGAAGAUAUAAGUUAACUACGGUUGUGCUUAAGCACACUCAUGAUUUGAUUCCGACUGACUCACGGCAUUUUCCAAUGAAUAAGAGGAUUCUUACUUCGGUGAAGAGGAGACUAGAAGUUAACGAUGCAGCAGAGAUUGGGGUGGCUAGGAAUUUUCAUUCCAUAGUUGUCGAAGCGGGGGGAUAUGAGGCAUUAACGUUUGAUGAGCAAGAUGCUAGGAAUUAUAUUCAGAAUGCUAGAAGAUUCAGACUUGGGGUAGGAGACGCCGAAUCAGUUACAUUUUAUUUUCAUAAAAUGCAACAACAAAAUUUGAACUUCUAUUCAACAAUUGACCUUGAUGAAGAUGAUGCUCUCCCAAAAGCGAUAAUAACUGACCAGUGUAAAGCUAUGCAAAAUGCCAUAGAAAUUGUCUUCCCACAGGCUCGGCAUCGUUUGUGUUUACGGCAUAUUAUGAAGAAAAUUCCAGAGAAAUUGAGAGGAUAUUCCCAAUAUGAGUCCAUAAAGGUUGCUUUGAGUAACGCAGUUUAUGAUUCAUUCACAAAAGAUGAAUUUGAGGAAUACUAG